AUGGCGAGGGCAGCUGACGGGAAAUUGACAAUUAUCUCCCUGUCUCUUUCUAGACACCCACUAUCGGCAAAACUCGUCGGCCUACAUGGCGAAGAAGAAGAACUAAUCCGACGUGGUCUCGAAACCGCUAACCGUCUAGCCGAAUGGUAUAAAGAACGGAAAGAAACCAUCGAGCGGCGUCAACGACUCCUCGAAAAAGGCUGCGUCUCACUGGAUACGGCCGUCCACGAACAGAAAUUGAACUUCCUGAGGGCGCACGUCACAGAAUUGAAUCGAAGGAUGGUGGCGUUGAUGGAGACGAGUGAGAAGGGUUUCCCCACACAUGUUAAUUUGAAUAAGGGACAUAUGCCACAACCUCACGACGACCAGCUCGUCUGGCUGCAUCGGCAGAAUCAAUUGCUGAGUGGUGAAGUGACCGAGAAGAACAAGCAGAUUGAAGAGAUGAAGCGCGCGAGCCAGAAUUUAUCUCAGAUGUCGUUGAAUGGCCAUCGGCAUUCUGCGAUGCAUAGUCAACGGCCAACUCCAGUCCAAGUUCGCCCAUCAGCAUUUGUCCGCCCAGCUGCGCAUUCCGUGUCCCCACACCAAACCGUGUCGGCUUCACCUGUAAAAAUCUAUGACACUCUCAUG